UGCUUUAUAGAUUACUGUUUUUUAAGCUACCAACCCUCGAGCUCUUGUGUUACUGUAGACUAGCUCGCUCGUUAGCAUUUUUAACAUUCUUUACCACACACCACAUCUCAUCUUCAGAUCUCUUAACUUCUUUAAAGCUAUUUAGAGUGCUUAAGUCGCGUCGAGGUGGUCGUAUAAAACCUGCACAAUGGGGAGAAAAUCAAACAGAGCAAAGGAAAAAAAGCAGAGAAGACUUGAAGAACGGGCAGCUAUGGAUGCAGUUUGUGCAAAGGUGGAGGCGGCCAAUAAGCUUGAAGAUCCUCUGUCUGCAAUGCCUGUGUUCAAAAAGUAUGACCGAAAUGGGCUAAACCUGGAGAUUGAGUGUAAACGGGUAACUGCAUUGAGUCCAGAUACAGUGGAGUGGGCCUAUGAGUUGACUAGAGCCAACAUGCAGACGCUAUAUGAACAGAGUGAGUGGGGAUGGAAGGAGAGGGAGAAAAGGGAGGAGAUGAAGGACGAGAGAGCUUGGUAUCUCCUGGCCCGGGAUGCUGACUCCACAACUGUAGCAUUUUCAAACUUUCGAUUUGAUGUAGAGUGUGGAGAUGAGGUUUUAUAUUGUUAUGAAGUUCAGCUGGAGAGUAAAGUCAGGCGGAAAGGCCUGGGGAAGUUUCUCAUCCAAAUCCUUCAGCUUAUUGCCAACAGCACGCAAAUGAAAAAGGUCAUGCUGACCGUAUUUAAACACAACCACGGUGCUUACCAGUUCUUUAGGGAGGCUUUACAGUUUGAGAUUGACGAAUCGUCACCUAGUAUGUCCGGUUGCUGUGGAGAAGACUGCUCCUAUGAGAUUCUGAGCCGGAGAACAAAGUACGGCGAGGCAUCGGGACAUGCUCAUGGGGGCGGCCACUGUGGAGGCUGCUGCCAUUAAGAGCCAGCCUUCCUCUGUUGUUUCUGAGCUUCCUCAUCCUCAUUCCCUACCCUGCUCCGUCACCCACAAUCCCCUCUUAGAAAGCCCUUAAAACAGUCUCUCCUGUGCAUAUUCAGCAAUGAAACCCCGUUGAUGCUUGCUCUUGGUUUUUAACUUAAAAAGCUCAUUCACCAUCUCACAUAGUAAGUGACGUUUUCAGUCUCAAAGGUUUGAAUGACGACAAAAUGGCAGUGAAGGCCACUGUGAGCCAAAUGUAACCUUUUUCACCUCAGGUAUCAGCAUGGUGAGGCUCAAGCGUAUGUUUUUGUGUUCUGCGUUUUCUUCUUUUUCUCCAGAAACUGCGUGUCACUCAGCUGUUUUAUUGCUAUAGAGAGUGGAUGCAGGUGUUGGUCACAGUGGUUUUUACACCAGUUUCACUCUACACCACUUUUCAGGGUAAUUGUAUUUUAACUAAAAGCUGAUGUUUGCUUAUCACUUCAAGAAACAAUACGACGAUCUGUACUGUUUAUAAUUCGUAAUCGCUCAACCUAGACUGUCUCAGGUCAUUCAACUUCUAACAAAAUGUUUUCUAACCGCUGUAUUUGGGAAUUGGUGGAUGAGGAUUAUGUUGCUGUUUGAUUUGAUACAGGGGUUGGCAUGUUAGCUGUGGUGGACCUUUAGUGUAAGAAAUAUACUUUCAUUUUAGUUUUUAUCAUUACAUUCUUUUAUCAUGUCAUUACUGUAUAUUUCCAUUUUUCUUUUUUUGUAUAUAAUCCGUUUGCCAUGUACAUUUUAUUUGCCUUCAAAGACAUUGGAAAAAUGAUACACAAAACUGUUUGAGAGAUGAGUGUUCUGGGCUUGUGCUCUCUUGUUGAACUGAAACGAAAGGUCAUUCCAGCUUUGUUAUGUGUUUGAUUUGUUUGCAACAAAUAAAGGAAUCUUGUUUGACUUA